AUGUCGGACUACAACAGCAUGAAGGUCCCCGAGCUCAAGAAGCUUCUCAAUGAGCGCUCCUUGCCCCAGACCGGUAACAAGGCCGAUUUGAUCGCUCGUCUUCAGGAGCACGACAACAAGCAGGCGAAGCCCACCGAUGCCCCAGCUGCCACCACCAAGAAGGACGGCGAGGCCGAGGAUGAAAUUGACUACGAGGAUGAUGACUUCCCCGCCGGCGACAAGAAGGCUGCCGCCACCGAGAACACAGAGGAGAAGCCCACCGCCGCUGAGACCACUACAGAGUCAGAGCGCAAGGCCCCAGUAGAAUCCGAGGAGAACAAGACAACAGAAGCUGCCGCCCCCGCUACUGCCAGCACAGAAGAGCCCGCCGCCGCAUCCACCGAGGAGGCCGCCAAGGACACUGCCACCGACACCGCUACCGCUACUGCCAACGAAGAGCCCAAAGAAGAGGAGAAGCCCGCCGAGCCUCUUUUCUCCCAACACCUCCCGCCCACCGACGCCAAGUCUGAAGCCGAGAAGCGCGCCGCCCGCGCCGCCCGCUUCGGCAUCACAAAAGACGAGAAGUCGGAGGAAGCCGUGAAGGCUGCGCGCGCCGCCCGCUUCGGCCUGGCUAAUGACCAGGUGUCAGCUAUCGACAGCGCUUUGCCCGACAGGCCGCGCAAGCGUGGCCGUGGCGGCAAGGAGGAAGGUGGUGAGGAGGAAGUCGCCGGUGGUGAGAGGGCAGCUAAGGUUCAGAAGACUGCUGCUAGUCCUUCUCAAGAGAACAAGGGCGGUAAUAACCAGAGACAAGGUGGUGGAAGGAACAGACACGGGAGGAAUAGGGGCGGUAACAACAACAACAACAACAACAACAAUGGCGGGGGCCGUGGUGGACAAAGUCAAAACAACAACGGCAGGCAACAAGGGAACCAGCAACCCAAGCAGCAGCAACAGCAGCAACAGAAAAAGCCUGCUGCUGCUCUUGACCCAGCGGAAAAGGCCAAGCUGGAGGCUAGAGCUAAGCGCUUUGCUGCCGCGUCCUCUUAA